AUGAUGAAAGUGCUAAAAAAGAAUGAAGUAACAGAAAAAACAGUAGAACAGACAGAGAGUGAAAUGAAGUCAGGGGCUCCAUAUAAGAGAAUAGUACGCUUACAUGAAGGAACUGAAGGAGUGUGCAUACAGAAGCAUCAAUAUUUACGUCGGUCGUGGCACGAAUUUUCGGAAAGCUUGCUGCAGUUAGACGAUUUGAUUCAGAUGGAAACAGAAUAUUGUGUAAUUGGAGAAACAGAAACCAUUUUAUAA